GCUGUCCGGCCGCAGCUCAGCCGCACAUCCAGCCGCGGAGUGCAGGUACGGUUACGGUACCGCCUCUGCUGUCGGUCCAGCCAAGUUGGACAACAUGCCGCUCUCGAACAGACUCGUCACACCGCUGCAACUUUCUCCCCGUGUGUCUGGAUCUGAAUGAUGAUCUGGAGCGUUUCCUCGACACAAACAUCAACGCCGCACAACCCACGCUGAAUCCUGAAACCUGAGAUGUGGAAGGGACUCACCUGAGCGGACUAAAUGUUUAGAAGAAACCUUGACUUUUAAACAAGCAGUCUUAUGUUUUUCUGUGGAGUGUUAUCCCUGGGUUUUUACUAAAAUGGGUGAUCUGUGGGCGAUCUACGUUUUCUUCCUGGCGUGUUGCUCAGGAUUAUGCUUUGGAAGCCCGAACAGAUGUGACGAAGUGCGGAAAGUUUUCCAACUCAGACAAAUUGGACCAAAUCAAUUAUUGCCUUUAAGCCCCAGACCAGGUUCAGACCUUCAGGUGUGCAUGUCCAAGAACCUGACCUGCUGCACCAAAAAGAUGGAGGAGAAGUACCAGGUAGCGGCCCGCAGGGACAUCCAGAACCUCCUCCAGACGUCCAGCUCGGGCCUCAAGUUCCUCAUCUCGCGCAAUGUGGCUGCUUUUCACGACACCUUUGAGGUCCUGAUGAAGCAAGCGGAAAACCACACGAAUGUCGUUCUACAGGAUUCGUACCGCAACAUGGCUGACCAGGCCGUGGGCCCUGUGCGGGAACUCUUUACAGAUAUCAGUCUCUUCCUGCUGGGGUCUGAGCUCAACGUUGAUGACUUAGUGCAACGAUUCUUCAGCGCUCUCUUCCCGCUGGUAUACAAUCACCUCAUCAACCCAGGCCUCAGUGACAUAUCGCCAGGCUAUGCUGAGUGCGUAAGGUCAUCCAGCCGGGAUGUGAGACCGUUCGGUGGGGCACCCAGCCUCCUGGCUGACCAGAUUGCCCGCUCUGGGGUCUCCGGGAAGCUUCUCCUUCAGGCACUGCACCUCGGCAUCGAGGUCAUCAAUACCACGGAUCACUUACAGCUAAGCCGGGAGUGCAGACGGGCCCUGCUCAAGAUGCACUACUGUCCUCACUGCCAGGGCUUAACCCAGUCCAAGCCCUGCAUGGGUUACUGCCUCAACGUGAUGCGGGGCUGUUUGGCAAGCAUGGCAGAGAUUGACGCCCACUGGAGGGAGUUUGUUCGCUCACUGGAGGGCCUCUCGGCACGGCUGCACGGACCUCAGGACUUGGAGCAAGUGCUUCUGGGAGUUCACACGCUGCUUCACAAUGCGGUCGGACACGCUCAGAAAAAUGGACCACGCCUCUCAGCACAGGUGCACAAACUGUGUGGCCCACCAAGCAGGAUGCCAGCGCAGUCAGUCAGCAUCCAGCGCAGCAGCAGCAGAGCAUCCAUCCCUCUUAAAGCUCUUGUCAGAGUGUCGGGGGACUCGCUCGCUAUCAUGAGGAGGGACUUCUUGAACAGUCUACGUCUCUACCGUACGUUCUACGGCGGCCUGGCGGAUCAGCUGUGCGUGAGUGAGCUGGCCUCUGGUGACGGGCUGUCCUGCUGGAAUGGAACCAACAUCGUAAAAAGCUACACCCUGCGUGUGGUCGGAAACGGGAUCAAGGCUCAGAGUGCCAACCCUGAAGUCAAAGUGAAGGGAGCAGACCCUGUAAUAAAUCAGAUCAUUGAUAAACUGAAGCACAUCAAUCAGCUGUUGCAAGGGAAGUCCAUUCCUAAACUGGGGUCACUGGAUCAGAUUGAAACAGGAAGUGGAGACUCAGAGGGACGUUACAGCGGCGACUGUGAUGAUGAAGAUGGCUGUGGUGGUUCAGGUGGUGGCGAGAGGAAAGUCUCCAGAGUCUCCAAAUUGAGUCCAGAUGUGACCGGUGAUCACAAACAUCAUCAUCAUCAUCAUUAUCCACCUGCUGGUGAUUCAGAAGUGGAACGCACAUCCAGGAGCCUUGGACUGGCAGGGCCCAUCUGGGUCUUGAUAUUACCUUGUUUUCAUAUGCUUCUGGCCUUGUAACAGCUGCCUUUUUGCAGCAUGAAACUUUGGAAGACUUGAUUUGAAGCUUAUUUAUCCAGAAAUGAAAGGGCCAGUGGACGUAACAAGCUCCUUAAUGUAAUGGAGCACCACCUCCACACAGUGCAGGACACGGUAGGAGUGAACACUUAUGAUUGUGUGGAAAUAACAAAACAUUUUGGCUUAUGUAAGACAACAUAUGGUUAAGUUUUGCAAAUAUUAAUUAUUUUACCUGGCAUUCAUAACCCUAAUAAUGGGUUAUUUAUAACAGCCGGUUUUUGUUAUUAAUUUAAUUGUGUUUUAUGAAACAAAAGGAGAAUUGGAGACAUCUGCUUCUCAUCACUUGUAUUAGCUGCCAGCCUGUCCGGAGUCCUUUUAAUUGGUAUAUUACGAUUGCAAAAUUGACCUGUAAUGCUGCUGCUGAGAGAAAUAGUGAGGAGAUAGGUGGGCAGGUGGAAGUGGGGGCAAGUGAGAGAAUUCAUACUCCUUUCUUCUUUAUGAAUAGAUUAGUUUCUUCAGGAGUCUAUUAUCAUUUCAAACUCAAUCCUCCUCUGCCUUCAUGGGCCUGGAUUGGAGCUGAUAGCUCCUGGAGCCACUGCCGUGGAAGAAUCAAAUUGCUCCUACCUACUACCUGACUGCGUUAUGCUGGUGUGCUGCAAGCAGGCUUCUCAGAAAAAGGAAAAUGAAUUGUUUCAUUUGUUGUUGUUUUUUGCUCACAUAUGCUCAGAAACUACGUAUAGAGAUAGAGAAAUAAUACUAUUAAGAUGCUGCAGAAGCUAAAAUCAUAUACUUUAAAAGCAAAUUUCACUAUUCACAUACAGCAUAUAUACAGUAUAUACGUAUAGAAUCUACAGAAAUACAAAAUAAAAACAUUAAAGCCACUACUGUAAAUAGACAACAGUGUAAAAAAUAACUUAAACUCUCAAAUAACUUAAACUCUAAAAACAGGUACAGUCUCCCCAGGUACUCUUGUUUGUUAAUCUAUGAUCUGAUCAUAGCCUUUCCUCAAGCUGCAGAUGUCCACAAAGGUGCAUAGAAAUUGUUGUCAUUAGUCAAUUUUACCUUUAAUAUACAAGGUUAGACUUUACUAAAGUCAAGGCACUUGAACCACUUGAGUGGCUUGGAGCUUUCAUUUAACUAAAGUCUCAAGGUUUAUAAAUGAUAACUGGGGGAUUAAUUAUACUCAUAAUUUCUUACAGUCCAUUGAAUUUAAUAUCUUGUAUAUGGGGGUUUUGUGUUGGGCAAGAAUCACAGACGACAAUAUUUACUUCUUAACAACCUUAACACAGUUGUUUAACUACCUGACAAACCAGUUGUAGUUGGCACCAUCAAUGUCAGUUCUGCAGUCUUUUGAACAGCUGUGUUAAUGACACUAUUAAAGAAGAGGGUUCAGUCUCUAAGUAGAUAACAGGCAGCAGGCACAGAGACAAACUUGCCCUGAGGCUAAACAUAAGAUGUCAGGUUAUAAUGGUUCUCCUGUACUUAAAAGAAAGAGUUGAAGUUUAUGUCUUAAUGUGAUUAUUAUAGCUCCAUAUUGAGACAGUUAUCCAGAGGAGGGAGGAAAUGGGCCAGAUGCUGAUGAUGAUGCUGACGUCGUUAUGAUGUGCACUCAUAUCUAGACAGGUGUCAUUCUGCAGGCAUUGCAAAGUGUCCGAACCUCUUGAAUAACAUGUUUACUCUAUAAUGUUGUGUUUGGAGAGUGAAUGCGUUAUUUGAAAAAUACAUACCUGUCUUUUUUUUUUUUUUACAAUGGUUUUUAAAGGAUUUUUAUGAUGGAUUUAUUUUUCAUCACUUGGGUUGUCUUUUAAAUCUGUUAAAACAUUGUAUAAACCACAGUACUUGAUGAGAUCUUGGAAUGCAACAAUAUUGCUGAAAAAAAGUCAGACAUUGCAAAAAAUUAUCAGAUUGGUUUUAAACAGGUCCUCUGCAAGGAUUGGAUUAGCUACUUCGGUGUUGCAUCCGAAUACAGCUACUGAUUUUCUGCCUGCUUCUAUUUAUUUCCCUGUUGGACCGUUUUUGUUUUUUUUACAAUGUUACUACAUUUGCAGAUCUCAGCAAUUGAUUAGAUGAUUGAGGAUGAGUGCUUUUCCAAAAGGUUAAACAAUUUUUUGUUUGAAAUUUAGUGUUUAAUGUAGUUAUAUAAUAACUCUGUAAUAACUCAACUUGACGCCUGUUUUCAAUCAGAAUUCUGAGGUUUUAGGUUGUCAUCCAUGAUUUUUCCCCAAAUGUCCUUUUUAUUGAAUAACACCCCUUGACCCUUUCAAAAGAAAUCUCCAAGUGUUCCCAGGUUAUUAUUAUUAUUUCUUCUCUGGUAUAAGUCACUGCUUUUCCUUGGGAACUGUGAGUAUUCCAUGUAACUGAAAUUCAAAAGGCAAAACCUAGGACAAUUAAUCCGAAAAUGUUGUAUAUUUCUGUUCUGCCUAUUCUUUAAUAUAUGUUAGAUUACAUGUCAAUAAUUUUUUAAUAAAAUGGUAAAAUAAAUAAAGAUUGUACAAUAUUUCCUAAUAAGAUUUGGCCAAAUUCUACCAGCGCUGAUUGAAGGUAGUUGCUGCGUGCAACACAUGAAGCUAUUUUGGUGAGAAAUUUCAUCCUGUUUCAGUGGUUAAAGCAGCAUUAUCUCGAGUACAUCACUUUGUCAAGCUGUAAACUC